AUGUCGCAAUUUAUUCGUCGCUUGCACGUUCCUCCAUUGGCAAAUAAAGGUUUCACCGAUGCAAUCGGUAGUACCCCAUUGAUCAAGAUACAGAGACUAUCCAAAGAAUUGGGAAGAAAUAUCUAUGGUAAGUCCGAACUACAGAACCCCGGUGGAUCUGUGAAGGACCGUGCUGCCCUGUAUUUGAUUGAAGAUGCAGAAAAGAAAGGGUUGAUAGAUCCAAGCAGACCUGUCACUGUGGUCGAAGGUAGUGCAGGAAACACUGCUAUUGGAUUAGCUCAUAUCUGUAAAGCAAAAGGUUACAACGCUGUCUUCUAUAUGCCUGAUACCCAAUCUGAAGCAAAGAUCAACUUAUUGAAAUGGCUUGGUGCAGAAGUGUAUCCUGUUCCUGUUUGCCCCAUCACAGAUCCUUUAAACUUUAAUAAUAGAGCUAGAGACCACGCCAAAAGAUUGGAUAACGCAGUAUGGACAGAUCAAUUUGACAAUCAAUCGAACUGGAAAGCCCAUUAUCACACCACGGCUCCUGAAAUUCUACAACAAAUAGAAGAAGCAGGCAUGAUGUUGGAUGCCUUUACUUGUUCUACCGGUACUGGUGGUACAUAUACCGGUGUUGCCAAAUUUCUGAAAGAAGCCACGAAUGGCAACUGUAAAUUAGUCGUAGCUGAUCCUCCUGGAUCCGUCAUUUACUCUUAUAUCAAAACCCGUGAAUUGAAAAGGGAAGGUGGGUCCUUCACCGAAGGUAUUGGCCAGGGAAGAAUCACUGAAAAUAUGAGACAAAGUGUCGAUAUAACUGAUGAUGCUGUGUUUAUUCCAGAUGAAGAAUCAAUUAUCAUGCUUUUCAGACUAUUGGAUGAAGAAGGUCUUUUCGUUGGUGGUACCACAGCACUAAACGUUGUCGCUGCUGCUAAAGUUGCACAAACACUACCUGAAGGCAGCAAUGUGGCUACCAUUCUAUGUGACUCGGGUCAUAAAUAUGCUGACAGGGUCUUCUCUAAGUCAUGGCUACAAAGUAAAAAGCUUUAUGAUGUUUUGCCAGACCACUUGAAAAAAUAUGCCUCAUUAGAAUGA